AUGGAUGGGGUGGGGAAGACUCUGCUUGCAACACUUGUGGAGACCGAAGUAAACAGGAAAGGAUAUAAUGUGGUUUGGGUUACUAUUUCCCAAAAGUUUAACAUCUCAAAAUUGCAAGAUGAUAUCGCAAAAAGAAUAGGUGUAAAGCUCGACGAAAAAGAUGAGAAUAUUAGAGUAGACAAGCUGUAUUCGACACAGAAGGAAAAAGUAGUUCUUAUUUUGGAUGAUGUUUGGAGGUACAUCGAUUUUCAGAAAGCUGGAAUUCAGCCAAGAACGAAUGGCAUUAAACUCAUUCUGACAACUCGUUUGAAACACGUGUGUCAACAAAUGGAUUUUGUACCAAAUCAUAUGCUACCGAUUAUGCCUCUCAAUAGCUAUGAUGGUGAUGGUUGA